AUGUCCACAGACGAUAUCGCAGCAACAGACCUCCCGGCAUCCAAGCUCGGCACCCAGGAUUACUGGGACAACAUCUACCAACGCGAACAAACCGCCUUCAACGACAUCGGUGACGAAGGUGAGGUAUGGUUCGGUGAAGAAUCCGAAGCCAAAAUCCUAGAAUGGCUCGAAGACAACCUCCCCCCGUCACCCCAUCUGCACAUCCUCGACCUCGGCACCGGAAACGGCCACCUCCUCUUCGAACUCGAAGAGGCCGGUUACGAACCCCAAACCCUCCACGGAAUCGAUUACUCACCCUCAUCUAUCUCGCUCGCCAAAUCCAUCGCGGCGGAACGCGGAAUCGAGGGAAUCACGUUCGAGGAGCGGGAUAUAACGGCAGCGUUGCCGGAGGGGGAGGUAGGGAAGUACAAUUUCGUCGUUGAUAAAGGGACUUUCGACGCAAUUUCGCUUAACCCUGAAGGUGCGGAAGUCCGCGAAGUCUACGCUGACCGCGUGCACGCACUCGUCAAACCCGGCGGGUACUUCCUCAUCGUAUCGUGUAACUGGACCGAAGCCGAAUUGGAGCAGAAGUUGGGAAGGGAGGGAUUCGUGAGGGAUAGUGUGAUUAAGUUCAAGAGUUUUGAGUUUGGGGGGGUAAAGGGGAGUGAGUAUUCGAGCAUUGCGUUUAGGAAGGCGGAGGCAUAG